AGGAUUUGAACGCCUCGCAGCGGCUCCCCCACAAGCGCAAGUCCGCCCGGCGAGCUGACGAGUUGAUUCGCAAGCAAUCUCAGGCCGCCGAGGGCGGCGAGGCCCUGCAGGGAUUGUCGGCAUCGCCUCUGGUCGAGACAAGAAGUCGCUCAAGAGCUCGAGCCUGCAGAAGGAGCUGCUUGCCUUCUUCGACAAGGUGAAGGGCAGAUUGCGCAACCGCGACACCUACCAAGAGUUUCGCUCGCAGCGGAAGAGGAUCUCCUCGUACUGAUUCUUCCGCAUCUGCUUGAACUCUUCGCUCCCGGAUGUAACCGAGACCCAGCUAUCGUUCAAAACCUCCCGUGCCAGGUCGGUCCGAUGCGUGGAAAUGGGCUCGGGGUAGCUUUUGGGCAACAGGCGGUAGCUCGGCGUGCAGCGCUCGCAAUUGGACAGGUCGAGCUCGGAGAUGGGCUUGUUCGAGUACUUGCGCUUGUGGGGAAGCCGCUGCGAAAGAAAGUCGUUGAAGCCAUCCAUAAGAUCUGAAUGCUUUCCUAAAAUGUCGGUAAAAUGGAUUUCCUGAAUUCUCAUUCCCCUAUGCUUCAUGCAAGAGGAUUCUGAUUUGAACCACAGCGUAAUUGUAAACAUCCAAUACCCAUCACUACUCCAAUGACUUGAUCAGCACCAUUGGCCAAUGUUAUGUCGAUGUUUCAACAUGCCCCUUAGUUUAUGCUAAUUUUGUCCAACCUAAGAAUGCGACGGGGAGAGCCAGGUUUGCUGUUGGCUAGAAAAGGCAAAUACACAAAUAUUAUGCUAAUUCUUUUAUUUGAUACUUCCUCAAUUCCGGAAAUAUAUCCAUGCAUAUACAUCUUAUAAACAUAGUAUAACACGUGAUCAACUGCAAGGGCUUAGCACAAAAGCAGGCCGGAAUUCCGAAAAUAUCAUGAUCAAAAAAUUUAAACUGAUAUUUUUACCAU